AUGACCGGCAAUACUCCACCACCCGAAAAACAAUCAUCCAGCGACAACAAGCACACCCCCGCUCACACCCCCCUUCACCCGGCCUAUACUGUUACUAACGUUCAAAACAAGAUCCGCACUCUUGAUGGCACGACGGUAACUUAUUCGUCAUGGGUGAAAUUAUUCAAACUGCAUGCCAAAGCCUACAAGGUUUUGGACCAUAUUGACGGCACGGAUCCUCCCGAGGAAUCCGAUGAAGGCCAUGACGCAUGGUACGAGAUCGAUGCCCUUAUUCUUCAGUGGAUAUAUGCUACGUUAUCGGAUGCUCUCAUGGUCCGCGUUCUUGAAACAGAGGCUACUGCUCGUUCCGCUUGGGUUAAACUUGAGAAUAUUUUUCUCAACAAUAAAGGAUCGCGUGCUACAACACUCGAACAUGAGUUUACGAAUCUAACCCUUAGUGCAUGCUCAUCCUUGGAUGAUUAUUGUCAGAAGUUAAAGGAAAUCGCCGAUCAAUUAGGUGAUGUAGGCUUUCCCGUUAGCGAGGCUCGGCUGGUCAUGCAAUUGGAACGUGGCCUUCCCACCGAGUAUGAGGUCACGGCUGCCAUCAUCAACCAAACUUCCCCCUCAUGGGACGAGGCCCGCACCAGUUUACAGAAGGAACAACAACGCCAACAGCCCACAACAACCUAA